AUGGUGAAGAUCACGGGCUUCAUCACGCGAGACGUGAGGUUUCCGACCUCCCUCGAUAAAACCGGCUCCGAUGCCAUGAACGCCGCAGGCGAUUACUCCUCAGCAUACUGCAUCCUGUACACUGACUCCCCAUACUCCGGACACGGCAUGACAUUCACCAUCGGCCGCGGAAACGAAAUCGUCUGCGCAGCCAUCGAGCUCCUCGCGCCUCUCGUAGUCGGCAAAGACCUCGACGAGUUCACAUCCAACUGGGGCAAGACAUGGCGAUAUCUCGUCUCCGACAGCCAGCUUCGGUGGAUCGGGCCUGAGAAGGGUGUUAUUCAUCUUGCUCUAGGCGCGGUCGUGAAUGCGCUCUGGGAUCUAUGGGCCAAGGUCCUCAACAAGCCUGUUUGGAGGAUCGUUGCUGAUAUGACGCCCGAGGAGUAUGUCAGCUGCAUUGACUUCCGGUAUAUCACUGAUGCGAUCACGCCGGAGGAGGCCAUUGCGCUGCUCAAGGAGGUUGAGGGUGGUAAGGCGGAGCGGAUUAAGGAGGCGGAGCAGAGCAAGGCUGUGCCGGCUUAUACUACUAGUGCUGGUUGGUUGGGGUAUGGGGAGGAGAAGCUGAAGGCACUUUUGAAGCAGAGUGUUGAUGAAGGGUAUAAGCACUUUAAGCUCAAGGUUGGGGGGAACCUUGAGGAUGAUCGGAGGCGGUUGGCGAUUGCCCGUGAUGCUAUUGGGUACGAUAAGGGAAAUAUCCUGAUGGUCGAUGCUAACCAGGUAUGGUCUGUCCCAGAGGCAAUCGACUGGAUGAAGAACCUCGCCGAGUUCAAGCCCUGGUUCAUCGAAGAACCAACAUCCCCAGAUGACAUCCUCGGCCACGCUGCAAUCAAGAAGGCCCUAGAGAACACCCCCUACGGCCCAAUCGGCGUCGCCACCGGUGAGAUGUGCCAGAAUCGCGUGAUCUUCAAGCAGCUCCUGCAGGCGGGAGCCCUGACGGUUCUUCAAGCGGAUGCAUGCCGUGUUGGCGGUGUUAACGAGGUUCUUGCCAUCCUCCUGCUUGCAAGGAAGUUUGGCGUGCCGAUUGUUCCUCACUCUGGUGGUGUGGGAUUGCCCGAGUACACGCAGCACCUGAGCACGAUCGACUACGUUGCUGUUACUGGGAAGAAGAGUGUACUUGAGUAUGUUGACCAUCUGCAUGAGCACUUCCUGCACCCGUCCAGCGUGAAGGAUGGGUACUAUGCUACCCCGCUAGAGCCGGGAUAUAGUGUGGAGAUGAAGCCGGGGAGUAUGGAUCGGUUCUCAUUCCCCGGUGAGGAGGGUAAGAGUUGGUGGAAGUCGGAAGAGGCCAAGGUCAUUUUGGAGGGACCGAGGAUAUAG